AUGGGUCCUAAGAAGCCCACAUGGGACGACUGUCAGCAGCUUUUACAGGUUCUGUUCACGACGGAAGAGAGAGAAAGGAUCCUCAAUGAGGCCCGGAAAGUGGUUCCAGGCAUGGACGAAAACCCAACUGCCAACCAGGCCCAGGUAGAUGUCUCUUUUCCCUUAACUAGGCCUGAAUGGGAUUUCAACACGGCAGAAGAACAUAUCAUGGAGGCUUACCGCACCUACACCCCCAUGAAUCCAGAAGCUCCUGAAAACAAGGCAGCUGUGAUCAUAAGCUUUGUAAACCAAUCGGCCGCGGAUAUUAAAAAGAAACUACAAAAAGUAGAUAGGUUGGGAGAGAAGAGUUUACAGGAUUUACUGGCAGUGGCAGAGAAGGUGUACAAUAACCGAGAGUCUCCAGAAGACAGGCAAGCUCGCGUCGUGGCUGCCACUAGCAGUAGGCAAGCUCAGGACCUGGCUAGGGUCCUGCUGGCUACGACCCUGGACUCCCCCAAGGAGCGAGACCGUCGCCUCCGACAGCUUGCAAGCAAUAAAGGAAGAGGAAAACGGGCGAACAAAAAGUCCUGGGUGCAAGGGGUAACUGGUAUGAGCCAGUAUUCAUGGACUAUGCGAAGAACAGUAGAUUUAGGAACGGGCCGGGUAUCCCACUCUUUCAUGGUGAUACCGGAAUGCCCCUACCCACUAUUGGGACGGGACCUACUGACCAAAAUUGGAGCUUAAAUAACUUUCAGACAAGGGGGGCCUCAGGUCACCGAUGGGGAGGGCCGCCCCAUUCAGGUCCUGACCAUGAGGCUAGAGGAUGAGUAUCGCCUCUACCAGAAGGCUUCCCCAGUAGAGGGCAGUAUGGACAAAUGGCUACAAGAAUUCCCAACAGCUUGGGCAGACGGGGGGGUGGGGCUGGCUGCCCACAGGGCCCCAGUCCUGGUAGAACUAAAACCAGGAGAAGGUCCAGUAAGAAUCAAGCAGUACCCCAUGCCUCAGGAGGCACGGAAGGGAAUUCAGCCUCAUAUCAGGAGACUGAAGAGCUUGGGGGUGUUAGUCCCCUGCCAGUCUGCAUGGAACACUCCCCUACUGCCGGUUAAAAAGCCACAGACAAACAACUACAGGCCAGUACAGGACCUCCGAGAAGUAGAUAAAAGAGUUAUGGACAUACACCCAACAGUCCCAAACCCGUACACUCUCUUGAGCUCCUUGGUGCCCUCUAAAGUCUGGUACACAGUAUUAGAUCUGAAAGAUGCCUUCUUCAGUCUACCGCUAGCACCUCAAAGUCAGCCCCUGUUCGCCUUUGAGUGGCAUGACCCAGAGGAGGGCUUCAGUGGACAGCUGACCUGGACACGCCUACCCCAGGGGUUCAAAAACUCGCCCACCAUCUUCGACGAGGCGCUGCACGAGGACCUGGGUGAGUACAGAAGGGAACACCCCAACCUCACCCUCCUCCAGUACAUAGAUGACAUCCUGAUUGCUGCCGACACAGCCAAGGACUGUGAGCGGGGGACCCAAGAUCUAUUGGCCACCCUGGGGGCCUUAGGGUACCGGGCAUCCGCGAGGAAAGCUCAGUUAUGCCGAGAAAGGGUGAGUUACCUGGGAUACAACCUAGAGGGCGGGCAGCGGCGGUUAUCGGAUGCCAGAAAAGAGACUGUUUUGAAAAUCCCUACUCCCACCUCUCGAAGAGAAGUGAGGGAAUUCCUAGGAUCGGCAGGCUACUGCCGCCUCUGGAUACCGGGUUUUGCCGAAAUCGCCAGGCCCCUAUAUGAAGCUACCAAAGAGGGAAGGGCGUUUGACUGGACUGAGACAGAUGAAGCUGCCUUUAGGCAGUUGAAGAAAGCCCUUCUAGGUGCUCCAGCCCUGGGCCUGCCAGAUAUUACGAAGCCCUUUCAUCUCUUCGUAGAUGAACACAAAGGGAUAGCGAAAGGGGUCUUGACUCAAGCUUUAGGCCCCUGGAACCGCCCAGUGGCUUACUUGUCCAAGAAGUUAGACCCUGUAGCUGCCGGCUGGCCACCGUGCUUGAGAAUUAUCGCGGCAACCGAGCUCUUAGUCAAAGACGCUGACAAACUGACCCUGGGGCAGGAAAUCAGGAUUACAACCCCACAUGCCAUUGAGGGAGUCCUGAAGCAGCCUCCCGAUAGAUGGAUGAGUAAUGCACGUAUAACCCAUUACCAGAGCCUCCUACUUAACCCUCCAAGAGUGCGGUUCCACCCCAGUGCAGCCCUCAAUCCUGCUACUUUGCUGCCCGACCCUGACUUAGAUGCCCCACUACACGACUGUGCGGGAAUCCUAGAGCAAGUACAUGGACUCUGGAAGGACUUGACUGACCAGCCCCUCCCUGAUGCAGAGGCCACCUGGCUCACAGAUGGAAGCAGCUUCGUGUGGAACGGGUGCAGGUACGGGGGUGCAGCGGUGGUCACUGAAAUGGACACUGUGUGGGCGGAGGCCCUGCCCCCCGGGACGUCAGCCCAGCGAGCAGAACUCAUCGCCCUUAUUAAGGCACUGACGCUGGGGGCUGGGAAGCGGCUUAACGUUUACACAGACAGUCGUUAUGCAUUUGCUACAGCUCAUGUCCACGGGGCAAUCUAUCAGGAGAGAGGGCUGCUGACAGCAGAGGGACGGACAAUAAAAAAUAAGCAGGAGAUUCUCUAUCUGCUUGCAGACUUAUGGCUUCCUGCCAAGUUAGCUAUAAUCCACUGCCAGGGGCACCAGAAAGCCGAUGACCCGGUGGCAAAAGGUAACCAAAAGGCUGACCAGGCUGCGAAGGUAGGUACCCAGUCUUACCAGACCAGCCCAAGUACUCCCAGGAAGAAUUGCAACGUAUCAGAAAGCUCCCCAGAGCCCAGGAAAUAAAGGGAUGGUGGCAUAGAAGGGGAACUUAUAUUGCCAGACCGGCUCGGGGACACGGUAUUAGAACAUAUGCACUGGUCCACUCACCUGGGAACCCGGAAUAUGAAGGACUUAAUCCGACAUGCCGGGAUCAAGAUUCACCAGGAGAAUACCAAGAUAAAUCAGGUUGUGUCUGCCUGCAAGACCUGUCAACUCAUGAACACGAGAGUCGGAUCAAAUGAAAAAGGGACCAGGCUCAGAGGCACCAAACCGGGAGCACAAUGGGAGGUCGACUUCACUGAAAUUAAACCAGGGAAGUAUGGUUAUAAAUACCUUUUAGUUUUUAUAGAUACCUUCUCUGGCUGGGUAGAGGCAUACCCAACCAAGCAUGAAACAGCUCAGACGGUGGCCAAGAAGCUGCUGGAAGACAUCUUACCCAGGUAUGGUUUUCCUGCUAUGAUAGGGUCCGACAACGGGCCAGCCUUUAUUUCACAGGUAACACAGGUAGUAACCAGGGCUAUUGGGGCAAAUUGGAAAUUACAUUGUGCUUAUAGGCCCCAGAGUUCAGGUCAGGUAGAAAGGAUGAACAGAACUUUAAAAGAGACCCUUACCAAAUUAACCAUGGAGACUGGCGGGGACUGGGUGGCUCUCUUACCGUAUGCUCUUUACCAGGUAAGGAACUCCCCAUACACCCUGGGCUUUACUCCCUAUGAAAUCAUGUUUGGCAGGCCACCCCCUAUCAUUCCUAACCUUAAAGCUGACCCUCUCGCUGAAUUUGAAAAUCAAGAACUAUCUCUUUCCUUGAGAGGGCUUCAGAAGGCGCAUGAGGACAUUUGGCCGCGCCUCCGCGCCAUCUACGAAACCAGCCCAACCCCAACUCCUCAUCAACACAGACCAGGAGAUUGGGUCUACGUCAGAAGGCAUCACUGAGAAACCCUUGAGCCACGUUGGAAGGGUCCCUACACUGUGGUGCUGACAACCCCCACUGCUCUCAAGGUAGACGGCGUCGAGACCUGGGUCCAUCACACUCACGUCCGGUCAGCGGAUCCAUCCAUGACCCGGAAAGACUUCAUCACCAAAUGGAGUUCACCACUGGCCAUGGACACAGUUCAUGUGGCGCCCAACGUGGGGCUUGAGUACGGGAACUACAAUUAUCAGGUGAAAGGACACUCCUGUGAAGCGUGCGCAGAAAGCGAAAGUAAGAUAAGGAGCUAA